ACCAAAGUUCUGAUCGAGAUGCCCAGGGAUAGAACCGUGUAGUCCUGUCUGAGAUGUUGAAAAUAAAGUUGUGAAAUCCAUCCGUGGCAAUCUGGACUUUAAUUUAUUAUCUCGUAACAAGUUGCCAAAUGAAUGAGUGUGCCGAGACGCGUCUGAGCAUGCCGUGAGUGUUGAUAGGGAGGGAAGAGAUCUUCAGACGCAACUCGGACCCAAGUCAGGAAGGGCACAAGCCACAGAGGAUCUGAACGCUCUGCCGCAGCCAUGGGUUCUCCGUUGCCCUCUUUAGCCUUCCUGCUUCUCUUUGCAUCCAGCGUUUGCGGUUCCAACAUUUGCACGUCUCGUGGAGUCACCACUUGUCGAGAAUGCCUCUUUGUUCACCCGAGCUGUGCGUGGUGCUCUCAGGAGGUGUUCGGGAUGGGAAGAUCCAGUUUAUCUCGCUGUGACUUCAAAGAAAACCUAAUUAAAGAAGAGUGCAGUGAAGCAGCUAUAGAGUUUCCGUCCAGCUUCUUGAAAAUAACGAAAAACGAUCCCCUCAGCGACAAGUCUUCGAAUCCAGCCGAUGUGACUCAAAUCAGGCCUCAGAAACUCCACAUGACAUUAAGACUGGGUGACACCAAACGUUUCACUGUGAGUGUGAAACAGGUGGAGGAUUACCCCGUGGAUCUCUACUACCUGAUGGAUCUCUCAUAUUCAAUGGAAGACGACCUUUUCAAAUUGCAAACCUUGGGCGACAAGCUAGCUGAGUCCAUGGGCAAAACAACUAGCAACCUGCGCUUGGGCUUUGGAUCAUUUGUGGACAAAACCAUCUACCCAUACCUGAUUACCUACCCAGCAGGCGCUGUUGAAAACCCCUGUGUCGCACUGAAGCGUGAAUGCUAUCCUCAGGUCGGCUUCAAGAAUGUGUUGUCACUGACAGAAAAGGUGUCUCGCUUCACCGAGGAGGUGAAGAAACAGCAGGUGUCCAGAAAUAGGGAUAGUCCGGAGGGUGGAUUUGAUGCUAUCAUGCAAGCGAUUGUGUGCAAGGAGAAGAUAGGCUGGCGUCCCGAUGCCUCACAUCUUCUCGUUUUGACUACCGAUGCCAAGGCUCAUCUCGCUCUGGACGGACGCAUAGCUGGCAUUGUCAAGCCCAGUGAUGGAGAAUGCUACCUCAACAAUGACAUUUACAACCAAUCAGCUGUGCUGGACUAUCCUUCCCUGGGGCUCAUAGCAGACAAGAUGUCCGAAAACAACAUCAAUUUAAUUUUUGCUGUGACAAGCAACGUUGUGCCCCUUUACCAGGAAUAUAGUAAGGUGAUUCCAGGUACAACGGUGGGAACGCUGUCUGAAGACUCUGGGAAUGUUAUUCAGCUGAUCCAGGACGCCUAUGCGAAAAUUCGCUCCAAAGUGGAGCUGGAACUUCUGGGAGUCCCAGAUGAGUUGAAUCUUUCAUUUAACGCUUCUUGCCUUAAUGGAGAGGUCAUCCGUGGACUCAAGUCGUGCUCCGGUUUAAAGAUCGGGGACACAGUGUCGUUUAGUGUGGACGCUCAGCUGCGCAGCUGCCCGAAAGAGAAGAGCCGCACUUUUACCAUCAAACCUGUGGGCUUCAAGGAUUUGCUGGAGAUUACAGUAGACUUUGCUUGUAGCUGCAACUGUGAGGCCAAGGCAGUACCCAACAGUCCCGUCUGCACUAAUGGCAACGGGACGUACGAGUGUGGGGGUUGCCAGUGUCACCAAGGUCGACUGGGUCCUCGGUGUGAGUGUUCUCUGGAUGAAUACAGUUUGUCAGACGAUGCCAACUGCCUCCCAAAACCGGAAAGCCCGAUAUGCAGCGGACGAGGAGACUGCUUAUGUGGACAGUGCGCCUGUCACCCAUCCGAGUUUGGUCAGAUCUGGGGAAAGUACUGCGAAUGUGACAAUUUCAACUGCCUGCAUUUCAAGGGAGCGCUUUGCUCUGGUCAUGGCAAGUGUAGCUGCGGGUUCUGCCAGUGCGACGCUGGCUGGAAAGGAAGCAACUGUAACUGCACCACCCGGACAGACACCUGCGUGUCCAGCAUGGGGCUGCUGUGCAGUGGCCGGGGUUACUGCGAGUGCGGGGAGUGUCAGUGCACUCAGCCUGGUGCCUACGGAAAGACCUGUGAGAAGUGCCACACCUGUCCUGACACCUGCACUAUAAGGCAGCAGUGUGUUGAGUGUCAGCACUUCAAGAGAGGACAGUAUAUGAGCGACAACAGCUGCAACCGCAUCUGCAAGGACGAAAUAAAAGUUGUGGACGAGUUGAAAAAGAAAAUGGAGGAGAAGUUGGAUUUCCAAGAACAAAACACCGUGAACUGCUCCUACAAAGAUGAGAACGAUUGCAUUGUGCACUUCCAGUAUUAUGAAGACAAAAACGGCAACUCUGUCUUGUACGUGGUGAAAGAGCCAGAGUGCCCCCAGGGUCCUGACGUCCUAGUGGUGCUCUUGUCGGUGGCCGGAGCCAUUCUGCUGUUGGGCCUCGUUGGUUUGCUCAUCUGGAAGCUGAUGGUUACCAUCCACGACCGACGGGAGUUUGCCAAGUUUGAGGAGGAGAGAUCCAAAGCCAAAUGGGAUACGGGAAACAAUCCUUUGUACAGAGGAGCCACCACCACUUUUACCAACGUAGCGUACAGAGGAAACUAAUGGCUAAAUGCAGCAAGGAAAAAAAAUAAAUCUCAGGGGUUGGCGACGCUGGUGUGAUGUAGCAGAGCUCAAAGAGAUGGGAGGAAGACUUUUUUUACGCUGUCAUUAAACCGGCUACCGAUAGUAGUUAUUGAUGUCAACAGUUCAGUGUGAUGAUUGCACAUGGUGUAAAAUAUCACAAACUGUUUGUAUGAGUCACAAGCUGUUCACUCUAAGGCUUUCAGUGUCUAGGAGGGUGUGCUUUCUACACAUUGUAGGUGGGUUUAAUUCAAUUCUGAUUCUCAGUUUACACCUCAGACAACUGCUGUUUAUGUUUAGGGAAGUUUUUCCACCUCUACUGCUGUUGUUGCUGUUGUUGUUGUUGUUUUUUUUUGUAUCCUGUACUACUUCUGUUGUGCAAACUAUUGCUGGGCAAAAUAAUGUAGUGUAGCUAUGUUUAAUCAUUACAACAAUUUUUCUUUUUUUUUUGCUUUAGGCCUAUUAUUAUUUUUUUAUUUAUGUUUUAAAACCAUGUUUUGCAUUUUGCACAGACACGCAUGAAAAAGCCAUAUUACAUAGAGGGUCAGGGAGUUUUCAAAUGGUUCCAGAGAUUAUAUGUAGAGAGCAUUUGUGGUAUGAAAAUUGGAGAUAAUGCUGCCAAACUGUCGGGCAUUUAUGGUUUAACAGAUCUUCAUCUUUUGCACAAUCAGUUUCAUAUCUCACUAUUGUCUGUCAAUUUGUUUUAGUUGUUGUUGUUGUUGUUACACUGGGGGGAACUUAUUACACCUUU